AUGGAUAAGCUUGUCCAACGCCAACAAGAAGUGCUCGAAUGUAUCCGGCAAAUCGAUAGAAACUUUUCUAAGGAUUCGGCGAGUCGUAAGACUCGCGACUACAUAAUACAGCGCUUAGAAAAGUUAGAUAAACUUUGGGCCGAAUUCAAUAGUAAUCAUUCCGCUUUAGACAUGUAUAGGCAUGAGGACGUUGGGUAUUUUGCUGGAAAUCAGUAUGAUCAAGCCAGAAAAUACUAUGAGGAGGUGCGGUCUAAGGUGGCUUCGCACCCACUAGCUGAGGAAGACGUAUCGACUCCAGGAUCGAGUAAAAUAGCGCCCAUAAAAUACGUCACUCGCUCGCAGGCUUCCAGCCCCGUCAAGGCUCAAGAUGGCUCUCAAAUUACCUUUAAGGCUCUACUGGAUCAAGGCUCACAGGUAUCACUAAUCUCCGAGAACGCCGCUCAACUGUUGGGAUUGACAAGAAAGUAUCACCAUGCUAACAUCUCGGGUAUUGGUUCCGGUUCGAAGCAAAGUCGAGGUAUCGUGACUCUUGAAUGUGAGUCGAUUCAUAGCAAUUACACGCUCAGAACGGACGCACUUGUCAUCAACCGCGUUACCAACAGUUUGCCUCAGGUAUCCUUCGAGAAGCAAUCAUGGUCCCACUUAGAAAACAUUCCUCUAGCUGAUCCUGAAUACAACGUUUCACAAACAAUAGACAUCCUUUUGGACGCCAGUGUGUACUCAGAAAUCAUAAUGGACGGACUACUCAAAGGCCCAUCGAAGGCACCCAUAGCUCAACAAACAAGGCUAGCUGCAGAAGCACUGAAAGGAUCCUUCUAUAUGGAUGAUCUCAUAGAAGGACGAGACACCUUAGAGGAAGCGAAGGAAUUACAACAACAAGUAAUAAAUAUUCUUCGAGGUGCGGGCAUGAAUAUCCGUAAAUGGUCCAGCAACAGCAAGGAGUUAACGAAGAACCUCAAUCGGAAUCAACUUGAUACCCCAUUAGAUUUUAAAUGCUCCGAAUCAAGAAAAACAUUGGGACUACGAUGGCAUCCUGACUCCGAUACUUUCACCUUCCAAAACAAAUUUGAUAAUUUAAUUGAGGAGACAUUAACCAAGCGACAAUUACUUUCCCACAUAUCGAAGGUUUUUGAUCCACUGGGAGGCUCCAUGCUGUCUCGCCCACAAACGGAACCGGAUAAAAUUGAAUUGUCUACAAGAUGGCGCAUGGUCCAGUCAAUGAACAAACAAAUAUGGGAGAAGUGGUCUCUAGAUUAUCUACAACAACUGCAAUCAAGGUCAAAAUGGCGCUCUCCUAGUAAGAACAUUGAAGUGGGGGACGUCGUGGUAGUACGCGAAGACCAUAUUCCACCUGGAAAAUGGGCUCUGGGAAGAGUCACAGAAGUUCACCCCGGAAGAGAUGGUUACGUUCGCAUCGUCUCGCUUAAAACAAAAAAUGGAGUCAUAAAAAGGCCAGUUAUUAAGUUGGCCCUCCUUCCGGUCAGUGAAAAUAAUCAACAGGUACAAUCCGUGUCGGAUAGUGACGCUCCAAAACAAGGUGUCCCAAGAGGGGAGGAAACCAAGACAAUAAGACAACGACCUGGACCAAACAAGAGUUCAUUACUCUAUACAAGCCUAACAUGUUUACUACUUCGUCAUUCAACCCGCUAG